UGAUCGAAAUGUUCGGAGAUUUCGAUUCUCGGAGGUUUCAAAAAACUGUUCCCGAGUGAAGUGCAGCCUCCUCGUGUUACAUCGGUGACCCGAAGUGGCGCGCGCGGUCUCCCGCAGUUGUGAUAAAUCAUCGGGAGGACGCCCGUAUAGUGAUCGCGAAUCAUCUACCGUGGUUGAUCAACAAAGCACCGAGACAUUGAUUACGAAACAGCGUCGACUAUGGUAGUUCUGAGUCGCGUGGGGUCGCCGACGAUGUCAGCGACUGUCGCCGGCAACCAGCAGCAACAUCAUCCUCAUCAAGAAUGGGACAUAAACGAUUCAAACGUUCCGAGGGUAGUGGAAUACGAUCCCUGGUGCGAAUGGGCGGACGGACACGUGAGGAGAGUCUACGGACCAGAUUGCGAGGAAGCGAGGAGGCACGCCUCCGGCUGGGCGAUGAGAAACACCAACAAUCACAACGUGAGCAUUUUGAAGAAGAGUUGCCUGGGCGUUCUGGUCUGCACGCAGGAGUGCAUACUGCCCGGCGGUGGAAGGGUUCACCUCCGACCAGCGAUCUGCGAUAAGGCGAGAAAGAAGCAACAGGGCAAACCGUGUCCCAAUAGGCAGUGCACUGGUCGCUUAGAGAUACAAUCGUGUCGCGGUCACUGCGGUUAUCCCGUGACGCACUUUUGGCGGCACACGGAGCACGCUAUCUUCUUCCAAGCUAAGGGCCAACACGAUCAUCCGCGACCGGAAGCGAAAUCUACGUCGGAGGCGCGAAGAAGCGUGGGUGCUGGUAGGAGGGUCAGAGGACUGGCGGUGCUUCUGGCGAGAGAGGCUGCCCUAGGCUCCAAGUUAAUGUCACUGAGAGGAACUAAAAGGUCAAGUACGGACACGCUCGAACAACCAUCAAGAACGACGCAGCCACCUCCAUUGAUCUCUGAUAAAGGAUACUCAUGCUCGUGUCCGCCCUUCGAGUGCAUGUGCUCGCUGCAAACGAACGUAUCAUCGUAUCCACAGUCCCAUCAUCACCAAACAACGAUAUACCCCCAACAACUGCCACCCACAGACGGACCCUAUUGGCUGCAGGACGUUCCGCCGCAGGAGAAUCCCGUUGGUUACUGUUUACCAAACCAAGUUUCCCAGGAAGCAUCCUACGGCGACUUUCCACCCUUCACGGGUGACCUCUUUCAACCGGAAGAGAUCUUUCAAUUAGACCAACCCUUGAGGCCGGAUUUCUCGGCAAAUCCCCAAGACGUGGCUCGUUCGCCACCAACUUUGCUUGAUCUCGGCAGCGGCACCAUUAAAUACGAGAUGAAACAGCAGAAUCAAGAUCAGGGUUACUGGAACCAAUUUCUCAGCGAAGACUCCAGUAGCAGCCACCUGAGCUUGCCUCAGGAUGAGAGGCUCCAUUUCCCCAACUUUGAGCCCGAGAAGAUCUCUAACGGCUUCCCUUCCAGAAGGGCGAUGCAUCAUUACAUCCAAGAGAAGAAUCCGAAUCAGCCCGCAAAUGACGUCCUGAGCUAUCAGAAUUAUCCUCGAUCGCAGAGUCAAAAAGGCUUCACUGAGGGGAACGCGAAAGACGAACAUGAGCAAUCUUAUUGGUCCCAGAAUCAACAAGACAACAGAUUACACUUGGAAAGUUUCGAAGUCAAGGAGGAGGAUCUCUUGUCUUCGCGUAGAGAAGUCGAUUACAAAAAUAGUUGUCAGCCUCCGAUGGUGAACAGAGCGGAGUACGGUCUCUACCAGAGGCCGAAGAGCGAGGAUCUGCAGGAGCAAACGGCGCGACGCAACUGCAGCCCCGAGGGAAGCAAGCCUUAUCCUUUCGACGGCUACCAAAUGUUCGAGCACGGUGACGCUAAGAACCAGCCACACAACCGCGUUGUUCACCAAAAUUCAACUCGAAUGAAUCUAGACGAAAGACUUCAGAGUUGUUACGGCAAUCAGGAGACACCAGAAACUACGGAGAGGUUGUUCCACAACACCUCCAGCGUGGCGGAGACGUCGGUCCAGUCCCGGAACAACUCCGAAUCCUUCUUCUAUCCCAGCAACGAACGUUGCCAUUACACUUGUGAAAUCCUCGAACGGGUGCCGCAGAUGAUGAGCACCGGACCGGCACACGGGACCGUCAAUAACUAUGGCGACCCGGCCGCCGCCGAACUGGAUCUGCCGCCCUUUGUAGAUUAUACGCUAGUCGGGAUGCUAUGCAGCUCCGCGGAUGAGGAGACGUCGAGCCUGCUGCCGGGAUGUCCUCAGGACUCGCACAACUACAUUCCUCAUCAUUAAAGAACGUUCUCGUCGCCGCUCUACUCAUUUGUAUUAUACAAAUAAAUAUAAAAUAGUGUUGCACUUUCUCUUCGAACCGACAGACUCGUUUAUUUACUCGUAAUUAAGUUAUCGAAUUGGUGUAAAAGGCUUGUCAUUUUCUCAUCGAGCUUUGGAUGUUGAAGUUUUGUAUUAAAUUAGAAAAUUGAAGAUUUUUUGAAAAAAAAAAGAUUGCAAAAAAUUGUGGAAAAAAGGAACAUAUUAAAACUAGAUUUUGAAUCAUUUAUUUUGAAAGUAUCUCGCGAGUUUUCUUCAGCCAGACAUGACACAUGUUUUCAGAAUCGAGGUGGAAGGGAUCAAGAAGCAGAGCCGAACAUAGCUUGGAAAAAGGUCACAAGAUUUAUUUGCAACUGAUUUAUUCGUAACAGAUACUCUCACGAUCACAAUUGUUAUGUAUGUUAUGCAAUAUUACUAUUAUUAUUAUAAUAUUAUGCCUAUGCAUUACACUUUCUCGAUUAUACAUGCGCGAUAUCUUCCUUACUUAUAUCUCUUACAAGAGCGAGUUCUCACGAAAACGUUCGCUAGUGGCGAACGUAACAGGACACACGAACGGAACGGAUGCGAGACACGUCCGCGCGAUCGCAGGCUGGCCAGGACGAGAGUUCUAAAAUGAUACAGCGUCAGAAGAAAAGGAGAAGGAGAAAGGAAAGGAAAGUCACACUGGGACUUCAAUGGAUUCCCUUCGGCAUUGAGAGCGGUUGUGUUCGACAGAAACAGGAGAUUUUGUUCUCGCAAAACCGCAACAACCGAUCUUAUAAAUUGCACCAUGCGCACGAUCUCUUAUUAAUCAUAUAAUCCUUAAACUCGAUUAAAACGAUCGUAUCGUUGCCUCAAUCGGCGGUCGAUCUUGCGCCGCUAUUUUUUGUUUUUUUCAAAUAUUGUUUUUUUUUUUUUUCAUACAAAUCGAAAUUUUUCUAUAUCUUAGGCAUGUGAAAAAAAA